CAUUUAAAAAAGUAUUUGGUAAUUUAAUUUAGAAGUGAAUCGUUAUAAGCAUGCAUGCAAUUUUUAGAGAUUGUUUAAUAUGGGCUUUAUGCGUGUAUGGUGAUUAUGACGUGCAUACUACUACCGCCUGCGCGCUGUAAAGAGAUAAACGCUAUGGCGAGAUCUCAUGUGACUCGAGAGAACGAAUGAACAUGGGUGAAUUUAAAACAGUCGUAAGCGUGCUGCGCAUACGUGCGCUCGAUGUCAGCUGGAAGAACGCAGAAAAAUUACCAUUAUUUUUAAAGAAGAAAAAGAAGAUGGAUGAAUCGCCGAAACUCUUUCAACUUCCGGGAACUAUCGAGGAAGAGGAAGAAGUGGAACAGCAGAGGAAGACAGAAUAUCAAACGAAAGAAUUGCUAGACAACGCAGCGGAAUCUCUUCUUUCAGAUCGAAAAAGCGUCUCAACACUUUCCAAUUUACCAAGAAAUGUCACUCUCAUCAGAGUUAGCACUCAGAGUAGCAGUAUCACCGGCGGUAUUGGUAGACAGGACUCCACCAGGAGUCGAUACCGGGCUGGACCGACGCGGAAGUUGCGCCGUCGCGCCGUCCUGAAAAAUGGCGAUUGCAAUGUGUUACAAUCACGCAUUUCCCGACGAUCAUUACGUUUUCUUCAAGACAUAUUCACAACUUUAGUGGAUACACAAUGGCGUUGGACCCUGCUAUGUUUCAUCUUAAGCUUUCUUUUAUCUUGGCUGGGUUUUGCAGUGAUUUGGUGGCUAAUAGCCUUCACUCAUGGUGACUUCGAAGAGUAUCAUUUGCCGCCUUUUCAAGUAGAAAACAACUGGACACCAUGCGUUUACAAUAUUUUCAGCUUCACUAGUUGUUUCCUCUUUAGUAUCGAAACUCAGCAUACUAUUGGAUAUGGCAGCCGCUCUACUACUGAAGAAUGCCCUGAAGCUAUAUUUAUUAUGUGCCUUCAGAGUAUCGCUGGUGUCAUGAUCCAAGCUUUCAUGGUGGGCAUCGUAUUCGCUAAAAUGACCAGGCCAAAACAACGUACUCAGACUUUAUUAUUUUCGCGAAAUGCUGUGAUUUGUCAACGAGAUGGUGAGCUUUGCCUCAUGUUUAGAGUGGGUGAUAUGAGGAAAAGUCACAUAAUUGGCGCGAGUAUACGCGCACAAAUGAUUCGCAAUAAAAUAACCAAAGAGGGUGAAAUUCUGUUUCAACACCAGCAUGAACUGGUGGUAGGUACUGAUGGUGAAAAUGGCGAUCUAUUUUUUAUUUGGCCAGCCACCAUCAUUCAUCGGAUCAACGAAUCAUCGCCCUUCUUCAAUAUGUCCGCCGAAGAUAUGUUAACUGAACGUUUCGAAAUUGUUCUAAUCUUAGAAGGUACUAUCGAAUCUACUGGACAAACUACUCAAGCAAGGUCUAGCUAUCUUCCGCAAGAGAUUCUAUGGGGCCAUCGUUUCGAUCCCAUUGUAAGCUAUUCAAAGGAACGACAAGGUUAUGAAGUAGACUAUUCACUGUUUAAUAGUACCACUCAGGUUGACACUCCACUGUGCUCUGGCAGAGAGCUUGCAGAAUUUUAUAAGGCGCAGGAUGAUCUUCGUCAUGGAACUGAUGGAAGUCUAAAGAAAAUCCCUAGCGAGCCGAAGAAUGUUCCAAUUGUGCUCAAUAUGCUCCCUCAAGCAGACAGCGCAGAUUUUCUCAUCCAUCAAGAUCGCUCUUCUCAGAAACCGUCCAAACUGCAUAUUGAUAUUCCAUCUAUCGACGAUGGUCCUGGAGUAUAACUUAUGUCGGCCAGAAAAAGGCCGAAUAUUUAAAAUAAAAUAAGAAACGAAGAAAAAAGAAAAAUAGGAAUAGAUCACAAAAGAAAAGA